GAGCUACAAAAUAGUAAAUACAGACACAUCCAGACUCCAGUUUUGUUGUUAUCGGCCGCUUGCAAUUUGCAAUGUUUUGUUGGAGUGUCUGCGGGUCGUGGAGUUCAACGACAACUACUUCUGGUGUGAACUGCGGGUUCGCGGAAAAAUGAUUUCCAAAUAGGUGAAAUUAAUCGCUUGUUGCUACGCAUCACGUUUCUUCGUACUUUUGCAGAUAUGCGCCACGGAGUACUACCCGUACAUAAUAUAUCAAAGUGGUGUCAAAAUGAUGAUGGUACGAAAAACAACGAUUUUUAAACUAUGUCGACUGUAGCAGAAGAUAAAAAGUCAAUCAGAAUGGUUGGCCCUAAAGUUUCACAGAUCGCCAAUAUCUUUCAGCGGCCUGCAGUGACCAAAGACACUGAUAUAAUGGCUGUUAAGCAAAAUGUUUCGCCAACCCUUGAGAAAAAACUUCCAGCCAAAGUUGAAACGCCUAACCAAGUGACCGUUGUGAGAACUGAGAGUCAUUUAGCAAGAUUUAAUAACGCUAGAGCAUUAUUUGAAAAAUUAGGAACUGGGGAAACUAAGACAACAUUACUAGAAAAAAUAAAGCAGAGCAAUUCUCAAGACAGUAUUUGUGCAAAUUCAAGAUCUCCUAGUCCACCAUCAAAUCAUUUAAAAGCUAAUGGUGUUCUUACUAGUGCACAAAGUCAUUCACAGUUAAAUGGUGGUAAAGUGACAGAAAAACCUUCAAAACCAGAAAAACCAGAAAAGAAAUUUAAUAGUCGUGAAUUGAUAGAAAAACAAAAAAACUGGACUUCACAUUUUUCUAAAUCACCAAGAUCUUCCAAUUCCAGGUAUAACAGUGACCCUAGUCCAAAUGAAGUUAGAGGAUGGACUCCAAAUGUUAACACUGAAAGAAUUUCUAGAACAUCAUCCACAUCUUCAUUACCGAAAAAUGUUGCUCAUCCUUCGAGUCCUCCGCCACAUCCUCCAUUUGUUAUUGAUAAAUCUAUUUCUCAAGAUACUAUGGAUACAAAUAUGAGAACAAAUAUGCAUACCAAUGAUGUAAUUGAGCUUAUUUCAAAUGAAGAACAAUACAAAGAACCUUUCAUUGGUAAACAAAUUGAAGAAAAGUCAAUUGAAAUAAGUACAGAUGAUUAUUUAAGUACUGUUCAAGAAAAUACAAAGAUUGAAGAACAAUAUAAUGAUAUUGAGCCAAAAGAUAAUUGUCUUAUUAAUAAACAAGAAAAUUCAUUUGAUGUAUCUAAUUCUUAUAUAAACCCUGAAAAGGCAGAUAGUUUAAACUCAUCAAUUAAUGAAUUUAAUGAUAAUCAAUUUGAGAAAAUUAUUGAAGACAUUAGCUUAAGUUUGAAUGAAGCCAAUUCAUCUACACCAAAAGUCCAAUUUAAUAUUGGAGAUACUGCCUGUCAACCAGUAAUAAUUACUCCAUUAGAAAGUGAAGGAGAUUCUGGGUUUAUAUCUUCAGAAGCUGUUAGUGUGCCCGAUCUGAAUAAAGAUUUAAAUAAUGUACUAACUAAUGUUCAAUUAACUGAUGAUGAUGAAGCUGAAGAAGGCAAAAUUUCUUUGGAUUUGGGAGAUAAAAGUUUGAAUAGAAGUUCAGAAGACAUUAUUGAUCUUGAAUCGUCUGGACAGCCAGAUAUGAUGACACCAGAUGAAGCUGAGCAAUUACUUAGUACAAAAAUCCUGGAAAAAAAAAGUAUUAGUCAAGACAACUUAUUGUCUGAUGAAGAAGCCAAAGAAAUUAAAAAGUUAUUAUCGCCAUCUGAUAAUAAAUUGAAUACAUCAGACUGGAUGAGUGAGGUUGUAUCAGUGGAAUCUGAACAUGCGAAUAAUCAAAGUCAAGAAAUGAAUGAAACUAUUAAUAACUAUAAUAUGGAGGAUUUUUAUGUGGAUGACUCUUGGGAACAAAGCUACAAUGAAUCAAAAACAGACACUUCAGUUUGUAAUGAGAGUGUUGAAAUAGAAGAAUAUGAAUGUGAUGGAGAUAUAUACAAAUCCAAAGGCUUUAUUCCGUUGCCUACCAAAGAAAUUUUUGAAGAAGGUGGCGUUCAUUAUUAUGAAGAUGGACACUUCUGGAUGGAAGUUCCUGGGUUACCAGAACGCGAUUUAGAUGACGAAUGCCAUAUUCAACCUAAACAAAACAUGAAAGUGAAAUUCAGUAUUGAUCCAAUUAAGGUUUACAGUACAUUUUCUAUGGAUGAAUAUGAUCGUCGUAAUGAAGAUGUUGACCCUGUUGCUGCUUCAGCUGAGUACGAAUUAGAAAAACGAGUAGAGCGUUUAGACUUAAUGAAAGUUACAUUAUUAAAAGGUCCUGAAGGCUUAGGUUUAUCCAUUAUUGGAAUGGGAGUUGGUGCUGAUACAGGUCUUGAAAAACUUGGUAUUUUUGUAAAAACCAUCACACCUAAUGGAGCUGCAGCUGCUGAUGGCCGUAUUCAAGUAAAUGAUCAAAUAAUUGAAGUUGACAACAAAUCAUUAGUUGGAGUUACACAAGCAUAUGCAGCAUCAGUAUUAAGGAAUACUUAUGGCCAAGUAAAUUUUGUAAUUGGAAGAGAAACUGAUCCUGAAAAUAGUGAAGUUGCUCAUUUAAUUCGUCAGUCAUUGGAAGCUGAUCGAGAAAGAGACACUCAGAGACGUCAAUUGGAACAUUCAUUAAACCAGCAAUUUAGUAAUGAACGAACAGAGUCAUCAAGUGAAGAUAUAAGUAAAAUAGAAGACGUAAACACAGUUCAGACUUUACGAGAAUUAUUGCAAGAAAGUCGUUUAAAUGUAGCUAAAGCAGAAGAUGAAGUUAGCAAACUGAAAACCAGGGUUGAAGAGUUAGAGUGGAAUGGAGCCAGUAACAAAAAGGAAAUUUCUGAUAAACUUAUACAGUCUGGAUUACAUUUGAAUGAGUUGGAUAAAUGUUUGUAUGUGGCUAAAAGAGAUAAAGAGACAUAUCAAGGAAUGCUACAAACAUCAGAAGAGCGAUAUAUAAAUUUGGAAAAAAAAUAUUUAAAGCUAAAGAAAAUUUUAAAAGAAUUUCAACAACGUGAAGCAGAUCUAAUACACAGAGAAGAGUAUUAUUUACAAGUAUUGCAAGAAAAAGAUACUGAGUAUAAUGCUUUAGUUAAAGCACUAAAAGAUCGGGUAAUACAAGUUGAACAUGAGCUUUUAGAAACACAACGUCGUGCAGGUUUUCCAGUUCAACUUCCUCAAAAUACUACUAGCACUAGUCAUUAUUUAUCUACAUUGACACCUCUUGUUAAAAAAGCUAAGUCAUCUCCUGUGACGCCUUUACUUCAGCAAUUAGGAGCAGAGUUAUCAGAAUCGGAAGAUUGUUUUGAGGAUGAAAAAGUUGGUACAGUCGAGCGAAAGUUACCUGUUAAAGAAGAAUUAGACCGAGCUGUACCUCAACACGAGCUUUUAGACGUUUCAUUAUCAAAAAGUAAAGCUGAGUUAGCUGCAAGAGGUCUUGCUACACGUCAAUUACCAACAAAUCUUCGGAAAUCAUUAUCUAAUAGUAGUCUGGAUUAUAAUAUUGAGGAGGCUAAUGGUGCUGAUGAAGUUAAACCCCUAGAAUUUUCUAAUGAAACUAAAGACAUUUCUAAUGAACUAGUAGCUUAUGAACAAAAACAAAUUCCACAGUAUGCUUCUGUUCAAAAGCCUCAAGUUCAACAGACUGAUCACUUUUUAGCUCGAGUUCAACAGUCCACUCAUUGUCGUAAUUUAAACGGGCCACCACCAUCAUUAGCUGAACAGCUAAAAAUUGUACUUGCUGAACGUGAAUCACGUUUGUCUGAAUCAAACAGUGUGUAUACGUCUGAUCAUAAUAGUUCAACAAGUUCUUUCGCAGAUGAAAUAAGAGAAGCUAGCUUAAAUUUAAAGAAAGCCAACACAUCAUGGCAGCAAAAUACUACUCAGCUACCUCAGAGUUCACCUUCUUCAGUUUCGUCAUCUGAAAGUGCUUCACCGGGACAUUAUGCUUCUGAUUUAAAUAAUUCAAAAAUAAUUGGUUCAGCUGAUUCCAUUGAUGUAUGGACAUCUUCACAAUUAUCUGACAGUUCCAAUACAGAAAGAAAAAAUACACAUGUUUGGCACAACGCUCCUGUGCAUGAAUGGUCAAAAGAACAAGUUUGCCAGUGGCUAUUAGCAUUAGGACUUGAGCAAUACAUUUCAAAAUUUAUGGAACACCAAGUUUCAGGAGUUGGACUUCUAAAUUUAGAUACUAAAGAUUUUAAACAUUUUGGUAUUGUUGGAGAUGAUAAAAAUAGACUAAAGCGUAAACUCAAAGAUCUUAAAACUCAAGCAGAUAAAGAAAAAAGACAUACACAAAAAGAGCGAAAAGAAAAGGAGCGACUUCAAAGAAAAGCAGAAAAAUUGGCUGAAAAAGCAAGCAAACGUAAAUAAUCUUGCCUUAAGUAUUUUAUUCUUUUACUUCUAGUCUUUAGUGUAAGUGUUAAGUUUUUUUGUUUUUUUUGUUUUACGUUAUGUAAUACAAUCAAUGUACAACAAAAAAUACAUUUUUCCAUUUAGAAAAAUAUUUGUAUUCUUGAAAUACUUAAAAAAAAAAACAUUUUUCACGAGUAGAAUCAAAUAAAUUGCUCAUUAAAUUUAAGUACUUAAUUAUUCACAGUAUUAGAACAAUGUAUACUAAUUAAAUCACUCUUAUAUGUAUUACAAGUCAUUUUUAUGUAUAUUAUUUAGAAGAUCAGUGUUUUAAUGAAUUGAGAUUUCUUAAGUAAAAUAUAUUUUAAGUUAAGCAUUUAACAUACUAAAGUCAUCAACUGUUUUAGCAUAUUAUGAUGACCCUUAUUUAAAUUACUAGUUAAUUUAAUACAGUUGUAGUAUUUAAAUUAUAUUAAAGAUAUACUAUAUUUCUAGUCUUUCCACUACUUACAGUUUUUAAAUCCGUUGAAUAUUUAUGAUAUUUUCGAUGCAUGCAUACCUGGC